AUGAGUCUCCUGCCGUGCAGUUUGGUCUUCGUCCUCCUCCUCUGCAUCCCCGUCCUCGCCGAGGCCAAGCGGCAGCCUGGCGAGGGGAAACCCGACAAACCCCGCCAGCCUCCGCCGUCAACGCCGCCGGCGGCCAAGAGGCCCAGGAACCGCUCGGUGCCCGGCUCUGGAGAGCUGAGCACCAAGGAGGGCCAUCGCUGCACCUGGCAGACGUCUGGCGAAGGCCUGGUGAGCCUGCUGGUCAACUGCAGCAUCGAGACACUGGGAGAGCCGUAUUGGUGUCGUUAUGCCGGUAAACCCGACAUGUGCCCGGCCUACGGGGUGAAGUCCAGCCAGUACUGGAAGCAGCUGGUGGGGAAGCUGAAGAAGAGGCAGAACGCCUGCGAAGGAGAGAAAGUCCUGAAGGCUAAAACCUGCAAGAAGGCUCCGGCCGAGGCCAACAUGAAGCUCGCCCAACGCAGCGGAGAGGAGGAGAGGAAGGGCGGGAAGGAAGGAGGCAAGAAGAGAGGACCAGCAGCCAGUAAGGGGUCCGACGCAGGGAAGCCCGAGGGGAGGAAGAAGAAGGAGGAAGAGGACGAGGAGGAGAAGAAGAAGAGGGAGGAGAGGACUGGGUUUGAGGACGAAGAAGGAGUGCUGAACGACAUGGCGCCGGCACAGAGUUACUGCAACGAGGGAUGGCACUCCGUCUGCUCCUUCUUUGUCAAGUUCUUUGAGGGUUGA